AUGGUCGGCGUUCCUGGAAAGUACAAGGGCUGUAAUACCUGCCGAGCUAGACGAGUCGCAUGCGACAACGGGAGACCAUUUUGCAAGAAAUGCACAGAUUAUGGUCGCGAAUGCGGCGGAUACGAGAGGGAGACCGUAUUCAUAGUCGGUACUCAAGACGACAAAGGGAGAUGUUCGUCUCAUCCGCCACGAAACCAGCAGGGCAAAAGAGCCAAAGGCAAGGAGAUUCAGCAAGCAAAUAAGUUAGAUUUCAUCGCUACCGAGCCAUGGCAGCCCGCGUGGAUCGACGUCAUUUCGUUGUCGUCGGCUGCCGGAUCGCAUCGCGUUCGAUUUGUCGCUCUUCAGACGGACCUCGACUCCGCGAUUCGGCCGGGAAGCGGGUCGCCACGCAGAGACGACGAUGUCAGGUUGUCGCUAAAUGGUUUCCGCGCCCUCGACGUAAACCCCAAGUUCGGCCUCGACCCCUUUAGCAUGAAGUCUCGCUGUCUCAUCCAACUACCCCGAAGAGUGGCAAUAGGCAGACGACUAGUACUAGCACGGAAGGGCUUUGCGUAUUCUUAUACGAGCGAGGCGCCUUGGAAAGGCUCGGCUACCCUUGCCGACCGGAUCCGCGACCGGGGCCCCGCCGCGUACCAGUUCUUCCCGGAGCACCAUUUCUUUGCUCGCGUCUAUAGGCCCAGUGCAAUUUGGGCGGCCUUGCUUAACCGUCAGCCGACCUUCCUUUGCUCUCCCGAGUGGACCGUCGUACCAUGGGAACGACAUCCUAGAACGCCGUUCGACGAUCUACUAGACAUAGUCGUUCUCUUACCAUCGGUUUUCUCGCAAGCGAGCUGCAUAACAUCCCUAGACAUAACAUCACUAGAUGUGUCUACUUUUCACCACCCAAAGGAAAAGGAGUUUUUGGACUACUGCGUCAGCAUCGAGAACCAAUUUGAUAUCUGGUAUAGCAUGCUGCGCCAGAGGGCCAACGAGUCGGGAUCUAUGCUAUACUGGACGGCAGACGCGACACAUUGCGACGCACAUGUGCCCUUCUCCAACGUGUUCAACUUCCCUUCGCCGUUGAUGGGGUUGGUUCACGUUUACUACUGGGCUGUUCUUAUCAGAUUUCAUCAGUGCAUAUAUACGAUACUGAAUACCAUCGUCGAAUCUGAGGGCAAGAGGUCGCCCGGCGGUCUCGGAUACGACAGAGCCCUUUCCGUAUUCAGUCCGGAUGGACACGUCUUCCAGGUGGAAUAUGCGGGUGAAGCCGUCAAGCGAGGUACCUGCGCGGUCGGUGUGAAGGGCGCAGAUAUCGUCGUGCUCGGUUGCGAGAAGAGGUCGGCUAUGAAGCUACAAGACACACGCAUUACUCCUUCUAAGAUCGGUCUCAUCGACACCCACGUCUGCCUCGCAUUUGCCGGUCUGAAUGCCGACGCUCGAAUCCUAGUAGACAAGGCGCGACUAGAAGCGCAAUCGCACCGCCUCACGGUUGAGGAUCCCGUAUCAAUCGAGUACAUCACCAAGUACGUCGCCGGCGUACAGCAGAGAUAUACGCAGAGCGGUGGUGUGCGACCCUUCGGAAUCAGCACGAUGAUCGUAGGCUUCGACAAAAAUAGCAAAGUACCCAGACUUUAUCAGACCGAACCGAGCGGUAUCUACUCCGCAUGGAAGGCAAAUGCUAUCGGCCGCUCGAGCAAGACGGUCAGAGAAUUCUUAGAGCGCAACUACAAGGAAGACAUGGAUCGCGAGGCGACCAUUCGACUAGCUAUCAAGUCGCUACUAGAAGUCGUGCAGACGGGCGCAAAGAACAUCGAAAUCGCCAUCAUGGCUCCAGGAAAGACUCUGGAACUGCUACCGGUGGAAGAUAUCGAGGGUUACGUCAAGAACAUCGAGCAAGAGAAGCAAGAGGAAGCCGCCAAGAAGAAGACCGGCCGGACACCAGGAACAGGUAGCGCGGCCAUUUUGACUAGAGAGCAAGGUGGCAGUGAUUAA